AAUCAGAAACGUGUUGUAGGAACAGUCUAGCCAAUCCUAGCAUAGAAGCCGGGAAAGGAUUAGCCAAUCCUAGUGUAGGAGGCGGGAUUUACCGGAAUACAGGUGGGGAGAAUUAACGCGUGUAGCAUCGGGCAAAUCCACCAAGAUGGCCCCCAAAACUAUGGAGCCAGUGGCCCGGAGGCUCUUUAAAGGAGUGCUCUUUCUGGAGGUGGUUGGUGUGUUUGCAGCUUACGGGCUCUAUUACAGAAUGAACACGAGCCGAGAUUUCAGACACACGAUGAACAAACACUUUCCCUCGAUUCUGGAAGUUUAUUACAAGUCCAACGAAUGGGCCGGGAACUAUGGCAUCCGGGAAGCUGAUCGGGACAUGUGGUCUACUGGGCAGGAAUAGACCCAGGAAUAGACACACACACACACACACACACUCAAGAGGAUGAGAGACAUCACUUCUUCCUGCCUCCAGUCUUUUUGCCCAGUCCGCCUUUCCCAAACUGUUUUCUCUUUCUGAACAUGGCCUUCUUCCUCCUGAGUGUCUUAACGUCUCGUCCCUGGAUCCAGUCAUCACGCUGCCUCUCCCAUUUCAGCUGUUUGACACCUGAAGAUGAGAAGCAGAAGGACAGACUGCAUUAAGAGACUGCACCCUGACUGUUUUUCAGAACAUAUGAAUGAAUGAAUGAAUGAAUGAACUUAAAUGUUAAAUGCAACGGUUUGUGGCUUCACCCUUGUGGAGGGAUCUGGCUGGCAUCUAGCCAAAUGAAUAAAAUUAAGUAAUUUUCAA